AUGCCAAAAAGUGUAGGGCUGAAACGACGCUCGCUUUUCGAAGACGAAGACGACGGCCGACAGCAGCGCCGCAAGUUCGUCGCUUACCUCGAUCAGCUCUUAGCGGAGAAUCGGCGGCUGAAGGAGCAAUCUGUGACUUCGGCGGAUGCGACCGAAGCAAAUGACCCUCCACAAGAGCGCUACUGGGCAACACCCGAUACUAAGCUUCGCAGAGGACCAUCUCGACCCGCAGACGCAACAGAUCCAACAAGUAUCCAGAACCCCAUUAUUGGUGACCGCGCUUGGUUCCACCGCUACGACCCAUCGUCACCACCGAUUUAUAUCGGAGAAGCAGCCUGCUCUGCAUUCGCGACUCGCUUCCGAAGAUUUCUGACAGGCAACAAUGCCACGGCGCAUAUUGCCCGCACUCAAUGGGAGCGCGAGGAGACCAUCGCUGCAGCGGCGAACCAGACUGACGUCCAGUGGCCCAGUUUGCAUCAUGCGCGACUACUGGUUCGCAUCGCGAUCCACCAGGUCGGGUAUCUGUAUCAUCUCAUGAUGCGGAAGUCAACACUCGAUAAACUCGAGGAAAUUUAUCUGACUGGGGACUUUGAUUGUGCGACAAAUAAAUGCAAAUUCUUCGCGCUAUUUGCGUUCGGACAGGCUUAUUCUAUUCGUUCGGAGCCUGCGCCUGGUCUCCGGGUUCCCGGGACUGCAUAUUUCGCAAAGGCGAUGAGUUUGGUUCAGAUCCUACCUGAAAGGACGAGCAUCACCCACCUCGAAACACUAUUAACUCUCUCUCUAUUCUCCUACUACCUCAACCGCCGACACUCAGCCUAUGUACUAAUCGGUAACGCAAUGCGUAUGGGCCUAACAAUCGGUCUAAACCACAACAUCCCCGAAUCCCAACUCAUCGACCCAGUCGAACGCCAACACCGUAUCGAAAUUUGGUGGACAAUCUAUAUCUUCGACCGAAUGUGGGGCUCCAAAAUGGGUCUUCCAAUGCAAAUCCUCGACGAAGACAUCCACGUCGACAUGCCGAGCCCAAUCAAUCCACGCUGGCGACACGAAGAAGAACUCUCUGACACGGACUACAUGACAGCGAACAUCAAACUAGCCCGCAUUGUCGGCGAAACGAUCUCAAAACUGUACAGUCGGCGCAAAUACCAGGAAACCUUCCUGCAGCGUGUGCAGAAAUUGCUCAAAGCACUAAAGAACUGGGUCGACACACUGCCCGAAAGUCUACGGCUGAACAUGGAAGAUCUGGAAUCAAGCAAGAAACCACUUGUCUCGCUGCACAUGGCAUUUAACCAAUGUGUGAUCUUAACAACGAGACCGACACUCUUGCAUCUUCUCAUCACCCUGCAGAAGAAAAAGAAGAACAUAUCGACCGCGGAAGGACGCAGACAUAACGGCCAACUGGCCGAACCAAUUGUUUCCCAACCCGUCUUGACACUCAGUGAAGCCUGUAUCCACGCUGCAAGACAUUCACACUCAAUGAUCCUAACCCGCUGGAUAAACGGAACAAUGCCAACCUUCGGCUACUUCCACGCACACUACCUCUUUUCCUCGGCGCUGAUUCUCGCCAUGUCCAGCUUCGUACCAAUCGGGAAUCCGAACGACAUGAGCUGUUUCGAUUCUGCACUCGACCUCCUCCGCUCCAUGACCGAGAACGGGAACCUAGCCGCCGCAGAAUUCUACCACAACCUCGAACAAGUCAAGGUAUGCCUUGAUGCUUACAGAGGGACUCCACGACCACGUCGAGAUGGCACUGGUCCCAUUGCCUCCAGCUCUGGCUCCGGACUCAUCGGAGACAAAGCACCCAACGACGCUCCCAUCUCAAACGCAGCUCCAGACCAAAAUAUACCCCCCAUCCUCGCUCCAUCUUCGACCAUGACACAAAUGCAAGCACAAGGCCAAGGCAAUGUUCUCCAAGCCUCGACAUCCACCGCGCCAGAGCUACAUCCGGAAAACGACCUACUCGGACCUGCACCCGUAGUCCACACGGCCGAGGCUUAUACGUUUCCUGUCCGGGAAACGAUUAGUGGAUAUACGACUGAGAUGGCGUUUUUGGAGCCGACGAUGCAGGAUUUCCUUGCACAAUCGGAUAUUGAUUUGGGGCUUUUGCAUCCCGUUGAUACAUUUUUAAGUGAGGCGGAGAAUCUUUAUACUUCGCAUGAAUUUUAG